AUGUCGGAUUUGGGUAAUCCGUCGCUGGAUAAGCAACAGCACAUCAAAUAUUGGCAGCGCUGCCAUAAGACGUAUCUACCGUCGCCUUACACGGCAUACGACUCUACCCGACUCACAUUCGCAUGUUUCAUCAUCUCAUCAUUGGAUCUUCUCUCUGUCCCCUUGAGUUCAUCUGAGCGCGAUGCGGUCCGGCGUUGGGUUCUCAGUCUGCAGCACCCAGAGGGGGGUUUCUGCGGAAGCUCCACACACGCCUUGCCAGGACAGGAGGCUUACAAGGGCACUGCAAAUAUCGCAGCUACUUUCUUUGCGCUAGUGCUGCUAGGUCUCGCGGCUGAAAAUGAAGACGAGGCAAGGUCGGCUUUCAAGGGGGUUGAUAGAGUGCGGUUGUUGAAGUGGUUGAAGGGGCUUCAGAGAGAAGAUGGAAGUUUUGGGCAGAAUAUCUGGGAUGGGAAAAUUGUGGGCGGAAGGGAUAUGCGACACAGCUAUCUUGCGAGCAGCAUUCGGUGGAUGUUGAGGGGAGAUGUGAAAGAGGGUGAUGAAGCGUGGGUGGAAGAUUUGGAUGUUGAUAAAAUGAUUGCGCACAUCAAAAGAGGCCAGACUUAUGAUGGCGGAGUGGCAGAGUCAUCACAACACGAGUCUCAUGCUGGAUACGCAUACUGCGCAAUUGGCGCGCUUUCUCUAUUAGACAGACCACUAGACUCUACAUCGGCUCAUUCUCCUGAAAAGGCGAUGGAAGAAGGAAUCCCCAACCGCCAAGGUCUUAUUCAGUUUCUAGCAUCUCGCCCGUUUGCCUACCUCCCCCAUGAAGAAGAAGCCGACGAGGUGGAGGAAAACUUUAUAGAGUCCAAGGUUGGCGCGGCCGACUAUGGCCACAUUGGCUUCAAUGGACGAUGGAACAAAAAAGCUGAUACAUGUUACUGUUGGUGGGUUGGGGGCACACUCGCGAUGCUCGGAAACCCUUCAAUCAUCAACGUGCUUCCCUCACGGCGGUAUCUAUUGGAUGUCACGCAGCAUCGCAUUGGCGGGUUCUCCAAGGCUGUUGGAGGGCCACCGGAUAUGUACCACUCGUACCUUGGUCUAGCUGCUCUUGCUACUAUGGGCGAUGAAGACUUGAAAGAGUUUGACGUUGGUUUGUGCUGUAGCCAAGAGACAACGAGGAAGAUAAAAAUAGCGAGGGAUGGGCUGCUGGAGAGUACGAGGGGUGAGAGAAAAGCAUGGAGUAACGAUGGUUUUUGGUAG